AUGGGCAACAACUUCUGUGCGGUCGAGAGUGUGGAACCAACAGAGGAGGUUCUUGUCAAUGUCGAAAAGGCCUUUGAAAAGACACCUACCCCGACUACGGGCCUACCUCCUGGAGAUUGGGAUGGCAAACCGAUGUUCGAGCACAUCCAGGAUGUCAUGCCGGAGGCAGAGAGACAGCAGAUUUUGCAGAAUGUGGUGCUGGACGAUGACCCCAGCAGCAAACACUUUGCCAGGCGUGAGAAGGCCAUUCGAUUUGUUACCAUCAUCAACGGGAGAGUGCAGCCCUUCACUCAGAACUACUUCGUUCAGGAUGCAGAGUACAAUGACUUCUCAGGUGGAUAUCGGAGAUACUAUGCGUUAAUCAAUGAAUGCCUCUUUGAUCCUGGGGCCCCGAUUGCCGAAGUGGUCUUGAAUUUUGCGAAAUACUACAGCAUUCCAGAGAAGACGGCCAUCCUCGUUCAGAUCCAGACCAACCACUUUGACCAAGCUCAAUAUGGCAAGAGUCGUGCCAGCGUAACUGGGCAAGGCAUCCACACCGAUGGGGCAGAUCGUGCCAUGAUCGUGUGCUUGCAUCGAGGAGGAAAGCUCGAAGGUGCCGAGAACCUCUUCCAUGGCUCAUUGGAUGGCAUGGACCCCCUGGGUGACGAGUUUGCUUUGCACAACCGAGAGGGUCUUUACUUCAAAGACAACAGCGUCUAUCACCAAGUUACCAGAGCAGUAGUGGUGGGCAAGCCCCAGAAUCCAGAGGAGAUCUCCCGCACAGUGAUAAUCAUGCAUGCCCCGGCCGAGAUCUUUAUGCAAGGCUUGCCGAAUCCAAACAACACUCUUGGUUCCAAUGAGGCUGAGACCAAGUUGCGUGACGAGACUGAAGUAACCAAGGCCUUGAGGGUAAACUGCAGCGAAAUGCACCGAGAGCUGGAAAAGAGUUUCGGGAGCGCUCGCGAGCGGUUGGUCAUGAUUUUUAGUGCGACCUUGAGUGCAGAUACUCGGGACAUUUGCAAGAAGUUCAUGCAGGGUCCACACGAGAUCACCGUGGACGAGUCGAAGCUGACCUUGCACGGGCUCCUCCAGUACUACAUCAGACUGGAGGAGCGUCAGAAGAACAAGAAGCUCUUUGACUUGUUAGACAUGUUGGAAUUUAAUCAGGUGGUGAUCUUCGUGAAGACCGUGCGACGGGCCAUGGCCCUGGAUGGACUUCUACAGGCAAUAGACAGAGAUGAAGCGAUGAAGUGGUGGGGUUGGGGUGGUUGGGUCGGUUGGAUUGAGAUGAAGAUAUCCGAUCCAUCAGAUUUCUGCGUCAUGAGAUGGCCUGGAGAAUGGUUUUUGGGAGCUGUGGAACCAGCAAAGGACUUCAUGAUGGAGGAAUGA